AUGUCUGUGUCCCGCCGAGGCACGCCGCUAGAAAGCGAGACGACAGAGACUGGUUAUGAAACUAUGGUCGGGAAGGACGAUGGCAAGAUUACAACGCAGGACCUUCGUGGAAGUGGACCGACCGAGCUAGACAUAUCAGUAGUCAAGGAAUCCAAUGGCCUUCUGGAUCCCACGCCACGGGGUCGCUAUGUCGAAAUUGCUCAACGUAAUCAAGAGACCUCCCCAUUCCUUCGCCUCCCGCCUGAAUUGCGGACAAUAAUCUAUCGCCUUGUAUGCGACGAUUUCGAAGUCCGCGUGAUGCGUGACGAGCGUCUCAGACAGGGCGCCCGUGCAGCAUGGAGAAUCGAUUUCGACCCCUUCGACCCCGUCCAUCAGUCCAUCAGUUUCCUUCGCGUCUGCAGAGCUAUAUACGCUGAAGCACGUCUCAUUCCAUACGCUGAAGCACAAUUCAGUUUAACAUAUAGCAACUCACAAGACCCGGUAGUACAGCAUGUGCAUCAGCGGUACGCGCUCCGACAUUCGACGUUGCGUCGCUCUGCUGGCACUUUCGUCUUCCGUGGGGGUCCGCGGGAGCGUCUACCGGCGAGGAUACUCCCUGUUCAGACCAACGCGAUCACGACUGUCCAACUUGUCAAUUCGAUCAGGCCGACGCUUCGAACGUUGAUGGAAGAGGUGGCGUGUCUGCCUGCCCUUAGGCAAAUCAAUUGGGUCGCUCGAUGGGCGUACUUCACGUUCCUAGCGGACAUGAAGCAGAUCACUGCCAUUCAAGAAUCAGUAGGCAAUUCGAUCCAAGUUGUGAUCAAGGUCACUCCAACACUGGAAGCAGGACUCCGCGACGGACUCGAUGAUCAACAGUGGGGGGUGGAAAAGAAGAUCUCGGAACAACGUGCUGGUACUGUGCACAUUGACUAG